CCGGGCUCGGACGAGACGGGAAAGCACUAGGAAGGAAAAGGUUAACAUGGAUAAAGACGGCGACGAGGAACCCAGGGUCGGAAGGGACAACGUCAUGGAUGCAACCGUGCGAUGCUGAUCUUGUCUGCUUUUGUUGGCGUUGUCAUUCUUCUUUCACUUCACUCCCCAGCUUGUGUCUGGCGGAGCAUGAUGGGGGACGACGAUGCAACGGGGCGUCGUAUGCUUUGUACCUCUGCGCUCGCAGCCGCGCGGCGGGAGGACCCCUUUCGAGUCAGGUCGGGCCGCUCAGGUCAAAGCCAGGUCCGACAACGACGAAGGCCGAUGAUGAGGGCCGACCGGCUACCUGUGGCAGGUGGACAAUGAUGUGCGCACAUACAUGGACAUAUAUGCGCCGCGCUCGGCGAGGUGCAUACGGGAUGGCGAAGAAUUGUCUGCAUGAAGACGUACGCGUGUAUUAUGCACGCGCGCUUCCACAUGUCGGAAAGGCACCCAAGGAAGGGCAUAGAUGGAUUGUGAAUGGUGAGCGAGCGAGCUCUCUGCCCUGCCCGAUAUCUGACAACACCCUGGCCUAUAACGCGCCGUGCAGGGUCACAUCCUCGGCGCGCGUCGUGGGCUUUGUGGGCCUCGAUUCGAGGACGACGACGACGACGAUUACGGCCAGGACGACGGGCGGGUUCUUUGGCUUGCGGGAAUGGAUGCGUUGCCGGCCUUGACAAACCACUGACAGCGGGGCCGGCAAGCUCCACGACAAAAACAAAUUCUCCAUGCGGAUUGAGUGUCAUUUUGAGACGACGAUGACGUCGUAUGGAGAAAUAAAACAAAGGAGUAAUGUUUCCCCCACCAUUUUCCUCGGAACGAGACGUCUCUUGUCUCGUUGGUUGCAGGGCGAACGACUCAGCAUGCUU